GUCCAGUCAAGUCCAAGUGUAAACACGUUGAAAAUGAAACAAAAGUUAAUUUUGCUGGCAUUAAGCGCUGUUUUUUUCAUCAGUUUGGCGGAGGGCGGUCUUUUGGGUCGCCUGUUGCAUCGUCAUCACUCCAACGAGACAGAAGCAACAACAACAACGGAGACAUCAGCUCCGCCUCUGUUCAUCAACAACAAUUUACCCCAAGUCGGUGAGGGCUGUGUGGCUCACUUUAGCUGCAGCAAGAAACUCACUCAAUUGCCAGUGCCACAUCCUUGCGUCAAGUAUUGCCUCAAACGCAUCGAUUGUCCCAACAAUGAGAAGAUGAAAGGCAAAUCCAAUCAAUGUGUGGAACUGAACGAGGCUGUGGUGCUGGCCGAACACGACUCCAACACGGAAGACUCUGGUUCCGGACAAACGACUGAGAAAAAUAUUAUGCAGGUAGCCAUGAUUGAUUUCCCUUGCCAGCCUGGUUAUCUUCCCGACAGUCGUGGCCGUUGCCGUGAAAUCUGGUAGAAGACGCCUUUGCAGCAUCGCCGUUUGACUCUCUUAAAUUUUGUAUCAAAUUCUGUUUAACAUAGAAUAUAAUACUUUCACCUGAACACACAAAACAAAUAUGAUUUUGGUUUAUAUCAAAAAAAAAAGAAAUUUCACAUUGUUAAGUAAGAUGAAGAAUCGAGUGAGCUAAAGUUUUUCAGGCUAUUGCCAAGUUUGCUGAUGAAAUAAUUAUUAUUAUUGUGGCUUUCAUUUCUUUCUCGAAUGCUUAUAAAAGGUAAUAAUAAUGAAAAACUUUAAUAAAAUGAGCUAACAAAUUGCUGAGACGCAUA